CGCAUGGAUUCCGCUAACGCUAGGGAUUGUCUACUACAUCUGGCAAGAGCUAAGCUCUCUGAGCGACAAGACCUUGUUCAGCUCAACGAUCAGUUUGUGGAUAUCAUCGAACAUGUCCACUAUAUGGAAGCUGAGCACACUGCUUUGGAACACGACUACAAUUUGCUAAAAAGUGGAGUCCAGAGCGACAGUAGUGGAAUUAAUGAAAUUUACAAUGUUGAGAUCAGGACUGUCAGAUCGGGAAUUGAAGAAAUUAACCGAAGCCGGCACGAACUACUAAAUGAGCAAACCCAGUUGUCCCAUCAAGUCAAAGAAGCCGAACAACUUUGGAGACACACUGCAAAAUCAGCUUUGGGGGUUCCCAAAGAGGUUGAUGAUGAGUUCCAUAGAAUCUGUCAUAUCAAGAUGGAAGAUUGUAUCACUAAGAGAAGAAUCAAGUAUAUGGAGGAUAAGCUCAGACUGAUCAAACAGAACAAUGGAAGAAUUUUUGAGCAUAUUAAUUUGAUGAGAAUGAGAAAAGAUCAAGCUGUCAGUCUGCAACAAGAAUAUCUUCUUCGCAAGAAUGAGUUGUUGCACAGUAUCCGAAAUAUGGAGGAAGACAACAAAAAGAUUAUCAUGAAUGAGCACAAAUACUUUGUUCGUGAUCGCAAUGCGGAUCGUCACGUCUUCCGCGAUCAACUUCGCAAGGCAAUUGCUGAUAUUCGUGCUGAUUAUGAGGCUAACAGAUUGAGAAACGAAGAAGAAAUUCGAAUUCGCUUGGAAAGGGAAAUCCAUCGAAUGAAUACCACUAUGCCAGGAGUAGUUUGCUAUGACAAACUGAGAGAGGAGCUUUCGAUUGUUAAGAACAAUCUUUCUGGAUUGCAGAAACAAGUUUCUGAAGUUGAAAUCAGAAACAAUUCUCUCACUCAACAAAUUGAAUUCUAUCGUCUGGAAAUUUCGGAAAAUAACAAGCUUUUCGAGGAUACUUUGGAAUUCAAAAUAAAGGAAAUUGAGAAGAUGAGAGAGCAAUGCACUGCCAUCAGUGUUGAAUUGGAGAAACUUUGUGACUUAAACAUUGACUUGCAAAAGGAAAUCGCAAAAUAUCGGGAACUUCUCGACAGAUCUGGAGAUCCUCGUGCAAAUGCGCCAAGUACUCAAGUUAUAGCAAGCGCGCUUAGUCGACAGAACUACAGCAGCAUUUCUGACCACCAUAGCCGAACUUCUUCUGGAAUAGUUCAGCACACUGCUCAUCACGCUGUGAGAGAUUCCUCGUCGUCCAGAACUGGUACCACUAUUCAUGAGACCAUCACUCACACGCCAAUUCCAAUUCCUGCUACACUUCCUGUUCAACCAAUUCGUGAAUAUACUUAUUCGAGGGACGCGAGCCCGAUUCGUCCAUCAUAUACUCCGUACCAGCAGGAGUCUCGUGCUGAUAGCCGAUCUUCUCUCAGGGAGAGAAUUCAAAUCGAGACUCUCCAAGGCACACUUCCGGUUCUGCCAAGCCAUUCGGUUGAAACAAUUCGUGCUUCAGAUAACACCCGAUUAGUGAGAGACCUUAGCGCGGGAGGUCAGAUUAACACAACACAGAUUAACAAUCCAUACGCGUCUCGUACUCCAACUUCAUCGGUCAAUGAUAGGAUUGCAAGCGAACGUCGUGAUAGUGAAAUUCGUCGCAACGAUGCUUUACAUCAACCUUAUCCAAUUGGUGGUGCCGUUCCUCGAGUUGAGCCUACAAUUUUUAAUGAACGUGCUCCCGGUUACACUCAUAUUAAUAGCAACUUCCCGCUAAUUACGCCAGUGACUGAAGGAGCUACUGUCCCCUCAUACUACGAUACUUUUAAUCGGAACUCGAGCCAAAGAGGGCCACAUCAUUCGAGCUAUCAUGCAGCAACAGGCUCAGUGAGCAAUAGCAUCUCCACUACUCUACUCAAUGAAGGAUCAAUUGAACAUAGCAGUAGUUCCGAUAGUGUUGACGAGGACAACUUCCAGAGAUUCACUAGAUGGUACAAGGGGAGAGUGAAGAUUUCGGAUGUGACUGCAGAUUUUGUUCAACUUGUAAAUAGAAGCUCGAAAAAAUCGGCAGACGUUGGUGGCUUCAAACUUAUUCACGAGUUUGGAAACAAGAGCGUAUAUGUUGAUCUUCCAGUUGGAUUGAUCCUUGCACCCAAGGAUAGCUUGAAGAUCUACGCUCGUGGAGCAACUCAUGAAAGAGGAGCAGUUAUUGCUGAAAUUGACUUCUUCGAUACCACCAUCCAUACCAAUACAUCAAUCAGAAACACGAAUAAUGAGGUGAAAUCGUGGUUUGUUUACACGAGCAACACUGAAAUCGGAGAUGCAGACCAUCAUCAUCAUUGAUACAUUACUAAUGCCAAAUUUCUGAUAACAUGAUAAUUCUAACAACAAAUAUAUAUUUUAUUUUCUCUUGUUUUCAUUUUUCACACUUUUUAUCAAGAAACUUCUACUCGUUGCCCCUAUUUUUUUCCACUCACUUCUUGAAAAAGGAAAUAAUUCUUUAAUUCAAUCCCAGUAAUUCGUAUUUCUUUCAUAUUCUGAAUUUAAAAUAAACCUAUUACU